ACUCACGCAUGGUUGUGUGUACAUGGAGGCUGUCGGGUUUACCGUCGUGUUGCUUAUUUAGCUGAAACUAUCGUUUGUUUGAAAAUGAAUGAUAAAAAGCAUUGGACACCAGAAGCUUUAAAAACUUUAAAUUAUCAUUUUUGUGAAUUUAGUUAUAUAAAUGGGUAUGAGCCAACAAUAAGUGAUGAAGUGGUAAAUAAUGCUUUACAGUCCGUUUUGGAGGAUUUAUCUAAUUAUGAACAUUUGAAUAGGUGGCUUAUCCACAUGAAAAGUUUCAGAAAGGAAAAACUGCCUGGAAAACACACAACUGUGGACAAUGUCUUAGCUUCCCUGGAGCCUCCUACUAAGAAGAACAAGAUGACUCCAGAAGAAAACUUGAAGCUCAUCACCCGGAGAUUAGAUGAAGUUAUUGGAGAGGACCGCAUGAUGACAAUCUUGAAGGAAAGGCCGUUGAAAAUUUACUGGGGUACUGCCACUACAGGGAAGCCACAUGUUGCAUACUUUGUGCCUAUGACCAAAAUUGCAGAUUUUCUGAAGGCUGGAUGUGAAGUUACCAUCCUUCUGGCUGACCUUCAUGCAUAUUUAGACAACAUGAAAGCUCCCUGGGAGUUAAUCCAGUUCCGCACAAAAUACUAUGAAGCUGUCAUCAAGGCCAUGCUUUCUGCCAUUGGUGUGUCCACUGAGAAGCUUCGUUUUGUACAAGGCACAAGCUAUCAGCUAGGAACAAAAUUCACUGAUGAUAUGUACAAGUUAGCUGCUAUGGUGACUGAACAUGAUGCCAAGAAAGCUGGAGCAGAAGUAGUUAAGCAGAUAGAAGCUCCUUUCCAGUCUGGGCUUCUGUAUCCUGGACUCCAAGCACUUGAUGAAGAGUAUCUUGGAGUAGAUGCACAGUUUGGUGGGGUUGAUCAAAGGAAAAUUUUUACCUAUGCUGAAAAGUAUUUACCCAAACUUGGUUACCAAAAAAGAUCCCACUUGAUGAAUCCUAUGGUUCCUGGUUUAAGUGGAGGUAAAAUGUCGUCUUCAGAAAUUGAUUCUAAAAUAGAUCUUUUGGAUUCUGCUAAGGCAGUUGAAGAUAAGCUGAGUGGAGCAACAUGUGAUCCCUCUUCACCUGAUAAUGGUGUCAUGGCUUUUGUGAAUUAUGUAGUAUUUCCAGUUUUGGAAAGCCAAGGUAAAUCAUUUGAACUUUGCAGUGGACAAAACUUUUCUUCCUUUGAACAGUUGCAAGCAAGCUUUAUUGAUGGAAAAGUACAUGGAGGUGAUAUAAAGAAGUUUGUCAUAAAAUUUUUAAACAAGCUUUUAGAACAUAUACGGAAAGAAUUUGAGAAACCUGAAUUGCAGGAACUUGUGAAAAGGGCAUAUCCACUCUCCAGUCAGGUGCAGGUGUGUCCUGCAGCCCAUGAAGCUAAAAAAUUUGGUGAAGCAAAAGAGCUGACCAUUGAAGGGUUAAGUCUUGAUGAUCGAGUAAAUUUAAUGAGUAAGAAUUUGGCCUUAACACCACCCUCUACAUUGAAUACUGCAUUCAAUUAUUCUCCUCAUGUGUUGUGGACAGUUCCAAUAACAAGACGGCCAGAGCUUGGUAUGCUUGGACACAUUGCUAAGGUGCGUGAUUUCUUAGCUGCAGGUUGUCAUGUUACUGUUGUAACCUCAGAUAUUAUCUCUUAUUUAGAUGGGUGUCAAGUCCCAUGGGAUGUGGCCCCACACAGAGCUGAGUAUUUUAUAGAGUUAAUCAAAGCUGUUAUGUCUACAAAUGAAAUUCCACUUGAAAAUGUCAAAUUUAUUAAAGGUAGUGACUUCCAAAAGAAUGAGGAUUAUGUCUUAGAUUUAUACAGGAUGACAGCACUUGUUACAUGUAAGGAUUCAAAUGAUUCUGUGUCAACUGUCCUGAGAGAUCCUAACCUUCUUUCUGCUCUUCUUUACCCAGACAUGAUGGCUUUGGAUGAGAAACAUUUACAAGCCAACAUUCAUUUUUGUGGUGCAAAGCAUGUACCAUUGUUUGACUUUACUGAGAAAAAUAUACCUUUGGUAGGUGGAGUACCCUGCAUCCACUUGUCUGGAGCUGAACUGCCAACUCUAUUAAACAGAGCUGCUCUUACACCUGAAGAGGAGUUUAUUGAUCUCAUUGAGCAAGAGGCACAAUUAAAAAAGAAACUAAAAUCUGCAUUCUGUGAGGAAGGAAAUAUUAACUUUAACCCAGUGCUGUCGCUUGUAAAUGUAGUGAUCAUGCCAUUGCUAGGGGAGGAGAAAUUUAGAAUAACACGUUCAGAAGAAAAUGGUGGUGAUUUGGAGUUUGAGUCUUUUCAAAACUUGGAGGGUGUAUUUGCUCAAAAGAAUUUGCAUCCAGGUGACCUAAAAAACAGUGUUCUAGAAUACAUAAAGAGGUUCAUCAAUCCUAUAAGUAAAGCAACAGGAACACCCCUCAUGAAGAAACUACAAAGCAAGGCUUAUCCACCUCCACCAAAAAAAACAAAGGGCUCUCAGAAAACUGCUGGUGAUAGUGAUGACUUUUUACCUUCCAAGUUUAAUAUGGUUGUGGGAAAAAUUGUUGAAAUUUCAAGACAUCCAGAGGCAGAUUCACUCUAUGUAGAAAAAAUUGAUAUUGGUGAGGAUGAACCACGGACAAUUGUUAGUGGUUUGGUCAAAUUUAUCCCAAUAGAAGAAAUGCAAGAAAGAAUGGUCGUAGUGUUGGCAAAUCUGAAACCUGCAACUAUGCGGGGAGUUAGAUCCGCUGGGAUGGUGUUGUGUGCCUCAGUUAGUGAGCCAGCAGCUGUAGAACCACUCCAGCCUGCUCCUGGGAGCAAACCAGGUGACCGAGUAUUGGCAGAAGGUUAUGAAGGAGAACCAGACUCUGUCUUAAACACAAAAAAGAGUAAUGCUUUAGUAAAGAUGUUGGAGGGUUUCAGGACUAAUGGAUUACUAACAGCAACAUGGAACGGUAAUAUUUUGAGCACCAGCAGUGGUCCGGUUACAGUGGCUAGUCUCAAAGAUGCUCCCAUUAAAUAAUAGCUUUAUAACUUUUAAAUUGUUACUUACGAUAUGUAAUAGUUAUUUUUGAUAAGUGCAAAAUAAUAAUCAAAGAAAUGGCAAUGUUAUUUACUAUAUACUGUAUUGCUCAGUGUUGUUUCACCACUUUGGCCCAAGAGAAUACAGUACAAUAAGUCCUCGUUUAACGUUGCCCCCAACAACGUUGUUUCGUUAUAACGUCGCUACUCUUUAGAUACCCAUGAUUCGGACAAUGUCCCGCCGAUUCAGUAUAACGUCGUCAUGGACUACUUUGUACGGCGCAUCAUCCUCUCUCACCCAGUCAGAGCGGGAGGAGGAGCCACCCUCUGGGUCUCAGUGACUCACCACCCUUCUCCUCUCCUCUACCCACCACACACUCGCUCCGCCUCCGCCCAUUAGUGAGUACAAUACAAAAUGAUUUA